CACUACCUGGGAAUGUGCCCCAGGGACCAGUGGGUGGUUAUAACCCAGAGUCCUGCAGAAGCUGGGAAGGAGGCUUCAGCAGGAAGGUAGCCUGGGCUGAGGAGUGCACCACUGAGCCAGGCAGGGAAGCCAGCUCCUCACCCCCUACCCAGCCGAGGCAGGUGCAGCAGCCAUGGGUAGCGCCGGAGACCCCUGGAUGUGGAUGCUGGGCACCCUCAUCAUGGCUCUGAUUCUGGCGGCCACAGAGCCUAUCCUUGCAAAUGACUUGUCCUGUAACAGCCCCUCGGCCACCGAGCCCUCGGACAGCAACCGGAUCUAUGGAGGUGAGGCCGGGGAGGACACCAGGUCCGAGGGAACAGGCAGCGGCAGCCGCAUCGUGAAAGGCUCCAACUGCAAGAGGGACUCGCAGCCCUGGCAGGGCGCCCUGCUGCUGGCACCCAACAAGCUGUACUGCGGGGCGGUGCUGGUGCACCCGCAGUGGCUGAUCACGGCCGCCCACUGCAAGAAGCCAGUCUACAGGGUCCGUCUCGGCCACCACUCCAUGUCUCCCGUCUAUGAGUCCGGACCGCAGAUGCUGCGGGGGGUAAAAUCCAUCCCCCACCCCGGCUACUCCUACCCCAACCACUCCAACGACCUCAUGCUCAUCAAACUGAACAAGAGAGUUCGCAUCAGCCACGAGAUCAAGCCUAUCAACAUCUCCUCCCACUGCCCGACUGCGGGGACCCAGUGCCUGGUGUCGGGCUGGGGCACCACCAACAGCUCCCAGCACAACUUCCCCAAGCAGCUGCAGUGCAUCAGCGUCAACGUGCUGAGCCAGCAGAAGUGUGAGGACGCCUACCCAGGGCAGAUUGACAACUCCAUGUUCUGCGCGAUCGGGGAAGGAGCCAAAGAUUCCUGCCAGGGAGACUCCGGAGGCCCCGUGGUCUGCAACAGCUACCUGCAGGGCCUGGUGUCCUGGGGCGACUUCCCCUGUGCCCAGCCCAACAGGCCGGGCGUCUACACCAACCUCUGCCACUUCCACAAAUGGAUCUACACCACCAUCGAGAACAACUGAGUCGCCCAGGAUCCGGCGUCCCUACCGCUGCAGGGCUGUGGCUCACCUUCCCUGGAUGCUGAGGUCCCUCUCAGCCCUCGCUCCUGCCGGCCCUGCCUCUGUCCCCGGAGCCAGAGGACAGUUUGCAGAGUGACCAGGGCAAGGUGACAUCUCCGACCUCCAGCCCUGAGCAGCUGUCAUGGCUCUGGCCGUGACCCAAAUUCAGUCCCUGAAAUAAAACCUCUAAUAAGUGG